AUCCCAACAUCAUCUGGCCGCGGUUGCUGGGCGGGAUUUGACCUCGUUUCCAUCGGCCACCAUCGCAGUUCUGUGAAAUCCAUCAAACAGAGCGCCGCAUCUACGUCUCCCCCGCGCGCGCUUUCCACAGACACUCUUUUUAUCUCGCUACCGCAUCUGCAGCCCCCUUGCCGGCUGCCGCUGUUUUUCCGGCCUGCUCCACCAAUCCCAGGGUGCGAAGCUUCGCGCCAAACCGCUGACGUGCUGCGACACUCUGCAAGAUGGGCGUUAUUCGCAAGAAGACGGCGACGAGGGGAGGCGAGGGUGGUGUGAAAUACGUAUGCGACGUUUGUUCGUGCGACAUUACAUCUACGGUCCGUAUCAGAUGCGCCGACCCUGCAUGUUCGGAUUUCGACCUCUGUGUGCCUUGCUUCGGCAAGGGAGAAUCUCGCAACGCCCACGAUCCCGCAACACACUCGUUCCGCGUAAUCGAGCAGAAUUCGUUUCCCAUAUUUGACCGUGAAUGGGGAGCUGACGAGGAACUGUUGCUGCUCGAGGGCGCGGAGAUAUACGGACUCGGCUCAUGGGCGGAUAUCGCCGACCACAUUGGCGGGUUCCGCGAAAAGGAUGAAGUACGCGAUCACUACCUUAAGACGUUCGUUGAUCCAUCCACCUUUCCGCUGCCCAAAAGAUGCAGCCCCCAUGACUGCGAACUUGCCAACGAAAUCCCACGAGAAGAAUUUCAAUCUCGCAAGAAGAGGCGAAUCGAAGAGCGAAGAGAGGCGUCUAAGAAUGCGCCGGCUCUUCAGCCAAAGACGAAGCCAACGGCCAGUGUGCCCAGCUGUCACGAGAUCCAGGGCUAUAUGCCUGGCCGUCUCGAGUUUGAGACAGAGUAUGCCAACGAGGCUGAAGAGGCGGUGCAGCUCAUGCAGUUCGACCCCGGUGAUGGAUUGAAUCCGAGAACGGGUGAGCUUGAGCCCGAGAUGGAGCUCAAGCUGACUGUAAUGGAAAUCUACAACUGCCGUCUCACACAGCGAGUGGAACGCAAAAAGGUGAUUUUUGAGCACAAUCUACUCGACUACCGGGAAAACACCAAAAAUGAAAAGAGAAAGACCAAGGAAGAAAAAGACCUGCUGCAGAGGGCGAAGCCCUUUGGUCGCAUUAUGAACCACAAAGAUUUCGAAGAUUUUACUCAGGGCUUGCAAGAUGAGCUGAAUCUCAGGCAGGCCAUUGCUCAACUCCAAGAAUGGCGCAGUCUGCGGAUAGGGGACCUCCGAAGCGGCGAAAAGUAUGAAAAUGAAAAGGCCAGCCGGAUACAGAAAUCCAUACCUAUGGGGUCCAUGGAUAGGGAGCGGUUGGCAUCCAGCCAGCGCUCAAAGGCCCAACCUCCCCCAGAACCUCCAAGCGGUGCAGCACUUCUCAUCGCCCCUGAGCUGCCAAUACGCUCGGCACUAACCAAUGGAGAAACGAAUGGGGAGGACGUCAAGCUUUUGACCAAUGGCCACACUAAUGGGGUUAACGGCGUCAACGGCAUCAACGGGGUCAAUGGCCAUAGCCCAAGCAAGCAGAAAUAUGUUCCACAGCCCAUUUCAGGCGUGCAACCCUUGCAAUUAACGCAAGAGAACGCCCCCGACUUGCAUCUCCUCACACCAGAGGAGGCGAAGCUGUGCGAGGUGGUUCGGCUACAACCUAAGCCAUACCUGAUGAUCAAGGAGCAAAUCCUCAAGGAAGCCAUCAAGGGCAAUGGGACACUCAAGAAGAAGCAAGCCAAGGAGAUUUGCCGACUAGAUUCACAAAAAGGAGCUAGACUAUUUGACUUUUUCAGCAACGCAGGGUGGGUUGGUAAGGCAUGAGUGCAUUGGGAAUAUCCGGGGCGUACGAAGUGUGUUUGUUUCCUUGAGAGUCCGGCGACUGGUGCAAUUGCUUGAUUUCUUUCCUUUUAUUUUACAAUGAUGUAUGAUGGAGGACACCAAUCACUUUCUGAAGUGGGCUUGGUGUGUUUGUUAUGUGCGUAUAUAUUUGUAUAAGACAACGGAGUAGAAGGGGUACACGCAACAAAAUACCCUUGAAUC